AAUGAAAUGCGAAGCUACAACAAUGACUGCCAUUAUUAAAGUCAUCACUCCAUUUAGAGGAAGAGUAUAUGCUUUGGGUCAUCCUUACGAAUGUUACGCUGUUACUGUAGGAUCUAACGGAGAAGUGUCGUUAUCAAUGCCUUUACAUGGCAGGAAAUGUGGUACAAAAAAUCUAGCGAAUGGAACUUUCACAAAUAGUGUUGUUGUCCAGCAUCACCCGUUUAUUCUACGCACAUCAGAUAGAAGAAUUAACAUUGCUUGCGAUUAUGAAGAAGUUCAAAGGAAAUUGAGAGGUGGAAAACAGGUAUUAGAAGGUGAUCUACAGAGUUUAACUCAAGUUGUGACGGGGUUAGCACCUACACCACCAGUUAGGUUACGCGUGUUAAAUUCAUCAGGAGAAGAAGUGAACGGAGUAGAUUUGGGUGAACCACUUUACUUGAAAGUAGAAAUGAUGGACGAAAGUGUUUUUGGAAUUUUUGGGAGCGAUUUGGUUGCGAGAAGUGGACAAGGGACAGAAACAGUAUUACUAGUUGAUGACAGAGGUUGUCCACUCGAACCAACGGUAUUUCCUGGAUUAGAGAAAGAACAGGGAUCGAAAUCACUGAAAGGAAAAUUUCAAGCAUUCAAAUUUGCUUCAGAUCCUACACUGAAGUUUCAAAUGACCGUUUCAUUCUGUUUAGAUGUCUGUACACCAGUUGACUGUACCCAGAAUAUUCAAGAGGAAAUAGAUUUUAGACAGUCUUAUGGAAGAAAAAAGAGAUCAUCUGAAAUAGCAUCUUUUGAACUUCAAACAGGUGAUGUUGUAACUGAUAUCACAAUGGAAAGUGCCGUCUUUGUUGUGAAUAAUCUAAAGCCAACACUUCCCAGUUUCGAAAGGAAAAUUUCUAAUUCAAUAGAAAAUGAAAGUUCAAGAAUAUUGGCAACUAUGGAUAGAGGAGUUUGCUUCACUCGACCCGUGUUUUAUACAGGAUGUACUAUAGCUGCCACGCUUCAACUUAUCUUAAUAACAGCUUGUUCCGCUAUAUUAUUAAUGAAAUCUAAAUGUGGAUGUUCUCACUCUAGCAGACUUGGUAGCAGUCGAGAAUCUGUAUCAAGUAGAACUGAAUUAUACGGAAAAUCAAGAUUGAAGAGAAGCGAGUGUAAACAUCGCCUUGACACUGACCCUCGAAAGAAAGUAAAAGCUCGGUACUCAGAUCAAGGACUCAAAGCAACAAUGUCGUCAGACAGGUCUGGACAGAGCAACAGUCACUCAGGGUUAGCAGCCGAAGUGGAAGAAGAUGGGGGAAAGAAAGGGGAAGAAUCGUCACGCAUGGACGAAACGUUCCGUGUUGGUACCCUUGUUGACGAAUCAGAGCUACGGAAAGAGAAAAUGCUGUCUUUUCAACUAUUUGUAAUUUUAUCGUUUUUUAUUUUUUUAACAAAUUCAGAAGAAACUGAUGGGUGUCAACAGGGGGAAACUGAAGUAUAUCUCCUAGCUACGAAUCUAAGAUUAGACACUCCAGUUUAUGGGCAGUCAUUUGGUGAUAGUCUGACCGAAUGUGCUGAAAGAUGUCGUUUAGAUAAAAGGUGCCGUUCCUUAAGUUAUCUAAAAAAUUCCACUGAUGCAAUCUGUCAAUUAAUGGAAGCCAACAUGGAAACAAGUAAAGUCAUACGGCAGAAACCGUUAUCUCCUGUUCAAGGAAUUAACUUUUUACAAAAAGUUUGUUAUAAAGGUGCUUGCGAUCGUUUGUUUGUUGUGGAAUGGAUUCAAGGAAUGAACUUAGAAAACAGCACUACUAGAAUAAUAAAGAAUGUUACUCAAAAACAGUGCAUCGAAGCUUGUCUGUCAGAAACAUCAUUUAUCUGUCGUUCCGCUACCUUAGAUUCAUUAACAUCAGAAUGUCAACUUAGUCGUUACGAUCGUUUCAAUCGACACAAAUUAUUUAAAACUACAAAACCUUUCGUGAAUUAUUUUGAUAAUACUUGCGCCUAUAAAUGGGGAAAAUCGGGUUCCAAAGCCGAAAUUCUCCUGCUAGGAAACGUUGAGCAUCCAUAUGUCAUGUCUGAAUAUCACGGAAUAUCUGUUAGUGAAUGUGGUGACCUGUGUUUGAGGAACACAAAAUUUCCCUGUCGUUCUUUUCUCUCUGGUCGUAUAUCUGGUCAAUUGUAUUGUGGACUCACUCAUCAAAAUAGAGAAGGACUUUUACAAAAUCCAGGAACGUUCGAACCUUCUAAAUAUCUAAACUACUACGAACUGGCUAGAAAUGUCGAAGCUUGUGACGAGACGGAUAUUCAUUACGAAUUAAUAUCAGGAGCCAUGUUAGACGUGGAAUCGUACAUGGUAACUUUAGAUAUAUCUACAGACGAAUGCUUGGAUAUAUGCAAAUCGGAAACCAUGUGCAAAUCAGUGUCGAUUAAUUAUAAUUUAGGAAGUUGUCAAUUUACUAGAGAAAAUAUUCGAACUGCGUUAGAAGCCAAUCUUCUUCCUAAUUCGAGCUACAAUUAUUACGAGAAAAUCUGUUUGCCAGGCAUAACUGAUUGCGAGAGACCUUGGGCUAUUGAGAGAGUUAAAGGCAAAGAACUAACGGGCAUCGAUCAUGUUAAAACUAUAGUUGAAGCCAAUACAAGAGAGGAAUGUGAAGCUGCCUGUUUAUCUCACAAAGAGCCAUUCAUCUGUCGUUCUGCCGAAUAUCGUUAUCAACUUAGCGAAUGUCAUCUCAGCCCCUACAGUCGAUAUACAACAACAGAGAAAGGAGUCACUCUUGAUGUAUCUAGAUCAUCAGUAGAUUACUUAGAAAAUAACUGUGUUAGAGAACCUCGAGGUUUCUGUAAUACGAAGUACAUUCCUCGCCAUCAAAUGCUGCUUAUUGACAAAACAAUAUCAACCAGGUCAUUGGACGAAUGUCGUGACAUGUGCCUAUACACGGCUGAUUUUGUCUGCAGGUCAGCUACAUAUCACUCGAAAUCAAGAUCAUGUGAACUCAGCCAUCAUACUAGAAAGUCGGCGCCAGAAGGAUCUUUUGUUAGAUCGCAUACAAGGGAUUACGUUGAGAUAUCGACCUGUUUUGAUGUAACUGUUCAUUGUGAUUCCGAGACCAUUACUGCUAAUGUGAAAUCCAACAUGCUCUUUAAAGGAAAAGUCUACACCAAAGGAAAUCCUUUAACGUGCAGUUUAGAUAUAAGCAAUAGCAUGGAUUUUGCAUUGCCCAUACCAUUAUCGGGAAAAGAUUGUGGUACUGUUAGCGAGGAAGAAGGAAAAUUCACUAAUGUGGUUGUCAUUCAGAGUAACGAUCACGUUGUUACGUCUAUGGACAAAGCAAUUGGUGUGCAUUGUUCCUUUCAUGUCGGAAAUCAAACGGAAGAAACAGAAGUUAAUGUUACUGGAUUAAAUAGUACAGAUCACACGCGUGGAUCUCCUAAUCUUCCAGAUUUAUCUUUACAUAUUGUGGAUAUGAAAGGACAGGAAAGAGAAACAGUUUCCUUAGGUGAACUCUUACGUGUUCAAGUUAGAAUGUCUAACGAAGACACUUACGGUAUAUUCGUCCGAAACUUGGUAGCUAAAGAUGGAUCCGGUGGAAAUAAUCUAACAUUAAUAGAUAAUACUGGAUGCCCGGUCGAAGUUAAAAUGAUGAGAGAAGUUAGAACAAUUGACCCUCAAAGUAAAUCCUUAGAAGGUUAUUUGGAAGCAUUUACCUUUACAGGAAGCAGUGUUUUAGAAUUAGAAGCUGAAGUAGAAACAUGUUUAGAGAAUUGCAAACCUGUUCUCUGUCAAAUUCCUACUGGAAGGCGUGAAGAUGAUAUGGAAACAGUAUCGUCUUUCGGUCGUAGGAAACGUGACUUAUCAUCCGAAAAGUUCGGAGAAGUUCUAGCAACAACAACACUGACUAGAAGUAUAGGUGUACAAGAUAACGAAUUCGGUAUUGGAAAGCCGUAUUUUGAAGCUAACUACGCUGUACCAGUUACUGCACCUUCUUUCUCAGAAAAUCAAUUAUUCGAAGACUUUUAUCAAAGACUGCCCGACGACGUACUGUUUUGCUUCCAACCAACAUUAUUUGCUUUGAUAGGAGGAUUGUUUCUGUUUGCUGAAGUAUCUGCUAUGACUGCUUGCUUGGUUUUGGUCUGUAGGUGGAAGAAGGGAGAUGGAAAAAAUCGCACCUUAUCUAUAUAUUAUGCCAACAGCAUAGACGGAUCGGAAGCUUCAUCUACGUGACGUUAUCUUGGACCAUCUUUCAAUUCAACAGUAAAUUACAGCGCAAAGAUUAGAUAUUUUUACACAGAAACUAGUCUUUUUUUAAGACUAAAUACUCUGCUUUAUUAUAAAAUUCCUAUAUUUGUAUUACAAUAAAUUUAAAAUUCUUAAAAGAAAAGAUAAUUGAAGCUCCAGUUUAAUAAUUAAAUAAUCAAUUAUGGAGCUUGAUAUGUUAACUGAAUUAGAACUUAUUACAGUUUAAUUUAAUUAUUUAAAAAUAUUAAAUUAUCAAAAAUAAGAAAACAUACACUCGAAUUUAUUGUAAAAAAGUAUGUUCGAUACUUUUCCUUAUCCUAUUAAUAAUAUCAAUGUAUAUUUAAUAAUUGUUGCUGAAUAUUUGCCUUUCCAACGAGACUUUCCUGUUAUGAGGGAAAGUUAACUAUUUUUCUAUCUCAAUUAAUUCUGAGGAUUUCACCGUAUUAAUUGCUGAAAUCCUUAGAGUCAAAUUGAAUAAUUUGGUUUUGGUUCACCUGGUUUUUGAUCGUAGAUGCCACGAAAUAAUGUAAAAAAAUGUGUUGCAUGUACUGUACAAAAUAAUUUAUGUACGAAAGAUUGGUGAAGGCAAUCUUUUUGUAAUGUUUUUAUCAUGUGAAUUAAAAUAAAUGCUGUGAUAUAAAUGUUACUGACAAAUCUUAAUUACAUCUUCAUACAUUUUUAAACAAUUC